UCGCAAUGUGAAGAAAGUAAAAAUCACUAGAUUUGAGCUUAAAAGUUGCCUGUUUUGUUGUGAUCAAUAAGGUGUAGUGCGAAGAAUUUUUUGGAAACAGCAGUUUUGAUGCCUCGAUCUCGGUACCCUUUUGACGUCGAAAAUAUGGAAGAAGACAGCGAUUUCGGGGGCGAAGUCACCGUCGUCGAUGUCUACGAUAUUGCCUCAGAUAUUGGCAAAGAAUGUGAAAAAAUAAUUGAUCAAUACGGAGCUGAUGCUGUGACUUCGCUAAUGCCCAAAGUUAUUAACGCUUUAGAGCUUUUGGAAAAUCUAGCGACACGCAAUGAAAGAGAAAAUACACAAUUGCAUGAACUCAGAUUGAAAAUAUCGCAACUGGAGAAUGACAAACUGGAAAAGGCGGAAUAUCGGCAAAAAUUUGAAAAGGAACUGGAGGCAAUCGAAGAGCAAUGGCGUUCCGAAACCAAAGAAUUGCUCUCUGUGGUGACACGUCUCCAGGAGGAAAACCGCAGAUUGGCCAAAGACAACUCCACGUCCCCACAUCGACAACCACCCCCCUUAUCGCCCCCAUCCAACGGCGACAUGCUCCAAAAACUGAAAGACAGCGUGGAAAAGCAACGCGAUGAAAUCCGCCUCAAAGACAAAUUAUUACAAGAGAAAUGUCACGAUAUCGAAAAUUUAAAAUCGCAAGUUGAACGUCUCAACAACACCAGUAGAGAGCUGCGUCGCAAACAUAAAUCAUUCCAAAGCCAAGUGCGCACUUUAUGUGACGAAAGGGCCGAUUUUCUCGUUCAACUUCAAGACCAACAAAGAGAUAUCGUGGCUUUGAGACAAAGAUUAGGUUUAGCGCAGAAGGAAAACGAAGAUCUUGUCAAAUGUGAUCCACCCGUUCCGGUUAACAAGGCCGUCUAUGAUUUGGAUGAUCCAAACCGGCCACGGUUUACCACUCAAGAACUUAAAGAUAUUUUGCAUGAACGGAACGAACUAAAAGCGAGAGUUAGCGAUUUGGAGGACGAACUUGAAACUUACAGACCGAAAAAUAAGUCCGAGAGUCCGGUUGAAGAAGACGCUCCAGUUCAAGGUCCCCUACCCUACGAGCCCGACGACGCACCCUGGAAGAAAUGUUCCGAAUCAGGGAUUAGAAAAUUUUUUCGCAAGAUAUUUUCCGAAAGCAGCAGUGGGAGUAGUUUUCCUCGGCGUAGCUUAUCGACCUUGUCGAAAAUGGCUCUAUCAGCUACUAACGAACCAGUUCCAGUUUAACGACGAUUUUUUUAACACACUUCCAAAAUUCGAAAUCGAUCUGGCUGGUAACGUGCAGCACUCAUUGUGAUAGUUUUAGAGGUUUUUUUUAACGGAAAAAAUUAAUGUGGACCACUUUUUUUUUACUAGUCAAUAUACGAAUAUUUGCACUGUAUUACAUA